AUGGUUGGAUUUCUUGAGAAAUUCAAGGUGAAAACUGACAUAGUAUCGACGUCAACAAAACCGAUGACACAUCGGUUUUUUGGAGAAAUAUGUGAUGUGUACAAACACAUUAAGGAAUGGGCGGCUAGUCCGCAAUUUUGUUUGAUCAGGAAGGACAUGAUUGAUAAAUACGAUAAGUAUUGGGGCGAUCUUGAAAAAUUAAAUGACUUUUUGUAUUUUGCGGUCAUAUUAGAUCCACGGUUCAAGUUUGAUUUUCUUCAACAAGCUUUUAAGAAGUUGAUUAAGUUGAAGAAUCCACAAAAAGAUCCUAUGCUCAACUCGGAAGUCAUUUUGAAGGCUAAGGUCUUAAUACGGGGUCUUCAACAAAGAUUUGAGAAUUUUUUUUAUUUCUAUAAAUCAAAGUUUGACAAUACCGACUCUUCUCAAAAUCAAACACAUGGUCAUGAAGAUGUAGUUGUGAUUGAUGAUGAGAAUAACUUCAUGGGUGAUUUAACAGUUCAAACUGAUUACCCAUCGGCACUAAUGGAAAUGGAGUUGACACGAUACAUAAACGAGCAGUUAGUUAAAUACAAUAAAGAUUUUGAUAUUCUACUUUGGUGGAAACAAAAUGCAUCUCGUUACCCUAUUGUAUCCCGUAUGGUGAAAGAUAUUUUGGGACUGCAAAUCUCUACCGUGGCAUCAGAGGCGGCGUUUAGUACAAGCGGGCAGAUAUUGGAUCCAUAUAGAACAAAUUUGUCUGCAAAUAUAGUAGAGGCUUUGGUUUGCACUCAAGAUUGGGUAAGGAAAUCAAGAAAGCAAAUUGUGGACAACAUUGAUGAAAUUUUGAAAGACGAUGAGGUCGCGAAAGCUUUAGAAGAUGCGAUAAAGAACGGAGAUGGAAAGGGAAAACAACCAAUUAAUAUUCAUGAAUAGUUAAUUCGUGUUUGAAAAAUGUUAUUUUGGAUAUCUGAUAAAAACUUAAGAUUCAUAUUUUUAUUUGGGCGUUG